AUGGCGAAAUAUAGCUCACUCUUCAUUCUCGUAUGCAUGGCCUGUGUUGUUUAUGGCCAACAAACCCUAGUCGAUGUCUCAACUCAGGCUGUCUGUACUGAGUCUGGCAUACAAAACCCCAGCUAUGAAAACCGUUGGGCACAAGCUGGUCUUGAUACCAAUGUUGACAUCGCUUUGAAAUGUGGUGAUAUCGUUGCAUAUAAAUUAGAAUGGUUUCCAGUUGGUAGUGGAAAAUGGUCCGAUUGGUACGUUGUUGGUGUCAAUGAUAUCGACUCAAAAACCGAUGGAUCGAAAUUAACACUGAAACGCAUGUGGAGUUACUUCGCCGAUCAUCGUCAUAUUUAUAUCACAUGCAAGCAAAAUAAAUUCAAAGGAUGUGCUUAAAAUCCAGGAAAUCCAUGUUUCGGUUCCGACGAGAUCCGACGUGGGAUCCGAUCGGAUCCGAGACCGUCGGAAUCCAAUGCGAUUCCGUCACCAGGAUUGCAUCGGAUCCGUCGAAUUCCUGUAGGAUCCGGUAAAAUUCAGUAUUGGAUCCGAUGGGAUUCGAUGGGAUUCGAUGGGAUCCGGUGGAAUCCGACGUACUUUAUUCAAUGGCUCUAUGCUGUGUAUGUAUGUGAUAACAAAAUCGCAGUUUCGUCAACCAACAGUACACGAUGGCAAGACUUAAACGACUGUAUGGCUGCACACACACAUCAUGGGCUGGAUCGUCUAUUCGAUACAAUUCGUGAUUGCACUACAUAUAUCUUCGAACAUCUACUUGAAAUCUCGAUCUCCAUGUUGAUUAUUUUAUGCACAUACGCAUCAAUCAAUCGAAAUAGCGAUGCCAGUAAUGCGAUGGCAAAUGCUAUCAAUGCUGUUCGUGAUGAUCUCAAAGCAGCUUCGUGUGAAGUUUGGAUAUCCGCGAAGAGUGCUUGUGUCACUCUAUCACAUUCGAUCACCAUUGUAAAAUUAAUGGAAGUUCUUUUAAUUGGCUCAUUUCUCGUAAUUUUACCUAAUGCAUUUCAUUUUCUUCUCAAAACAUACGCUAAACUGGCCAACAUAUAA